AUAAUGAAUGUGAAGAGGCAAGAAUUAAAGCUAUAUGUAAAGAGUGGGUGAGGCGAUUUGAUAGCAUCAGUUUACUCACGAUCUGCACGAGUAGGACCCGAGAAAUAAAAACGCUUUUCGCACUACUAACAAACAACACUUCGUUUUCAGGUUUCCAGAGAGCACUCACUUACAAACAUUUCGCAAGAUGAUUUCUGCUUUGAGCAAAGUUCUCCUCAUCACAGUGGUAUUGUGCAUCACUAUUAACCACGCGUCAUGCAGACCAGCUGACGAUGAAGCAGCAGCCAGUGCAGACUCAGGUGCUUCUCCGACCCCCGAUGGUGAAAGUACCACAGUUGCUGCCAAAACUGAAGCCGCAGCUGACAGUGACGCGGAGGCUGAAAAGGCAGCGAGUACUGAGGCAGCAGCAGAGGCAGAUACUGACGAAGCAGGAUCAACGACAACUGCUGCACCUGAAGCAUCAUCAGCAGCAUCAUCAGCAGCAGCGAGAUGAGCAGAGGAGAAAAUAAAUACGAAACAGCCUUCCAAAAAAAAAAAAAAAAAAUGCAAACUGUACUGAAUGUUAUUAACUAUUAUUGAGAUAUAUGUUACAUCAUUUCACUUAUUGCAAUUGAAGUGAAAACUAUAACUUUUUUCAUAUUUAUGUAUAAGAUUCUCCUUCUCCCCAUUCUUUUCAAUGUUUCCCACAAAUUGUAUUCCAUCAGAAAAAUAUGAGUUGUUACUUCAGUAGCACUUAACAUGUGGAUCCGGAACUGAUGUAUGAAUAAAUAAAUUACCAAAA